AUGGCCGAUGCCUCGUCCACAACGCCCUCUUGCAACAACACCAUCACCGCCGUGCUCCCUGCUCCGACUCAUCUCGGUCAUCCCCCCUUCAGCUCUACGACGGCACAUCCCGAACCAUUGGAGGCAUCCGUCACACCUUCUGUAGCCGAACCUCCUGAGACCGAGCAGAGGCGACCGCAGCAAAUCAUCAUUGCCAACCCAGCAUACACUCCUCUGCCCUCUUCACUGACCCAGAACGUAGCUAGCAUCGCCACUCGAGACGCGACUGCUCCGGACGCAUCCUCUGCGCCACCCACUCUCCGCGGCAUCCAUCAUUCGCUAGCUUCGCAGCUUUCCACUCGCACUUCAUCUCGUCGGUCCGCACGAACAUCUUUCCCUUUCACCUCACAAAACAUCGCCAACACGUCCGCCCCUUCGGCCUCGCCAGGCAAACGCCUCUCCUCAUUCUUCCAGAAGCGAAAUCCCAGGGACGUUCGCACUCCCGUCGAAUCCUGCGAGCCUGCUCCCACCGCUUCCGCAUCUCCGCCCGACCUCGAACGCAUCGGUACGCACAGUGGCGGUCUUGUCACGGGCUCGUUGAACCGCGCAAGAUCAUCCAAGCGAGAUCAAGUCAAGAUGGUCGGCUCGCAUAUUCAUCAUGCUUUCCGUUCGUGGUUCAAAGAAACCGAAAAGGAUGGCACACCGCUCCUCCCGGUCCAGCUGUCCAAAAAAUACAGCGUCCUGCCGCAGGUGCUCGGUCAAGGCUCCUUUGCGGUUGUCAAAGCUGUCGUGGACAGGUCCACGGGCGAACAGCGCGCCCUCAAGAUCAUCGCAAAGAAGCCGCUCAAGGACAACAACGAGAAGAUGCUCAAGGAAGAGAUCACCAUCCUCGGCAAGGUCGAGCAUCCCAACAUCAUCAAGAUGUGGGACCUCUACGAGACAAAGGAGGGCGUCUUCAUUGUCACUGACCUCUGCCGCGGAGGCGAGCUCUUUGACCGCCUCGUCGAAAAGGUGCACUACAACGAGCUUGACGCACGUCACAUCAUGAAGCAGAUCCUCGAGGGCGUUGCUUAUCUCCACGAACACGAUAUCAUCCACCGCGAUUUGAAGCCCGAAAACAUCCUCCUCCGCGACAAGUCUGAUUCAAGCGAGGUUGUCAUUUCGGACUUUGGCCUGUCUCGCUUCAUCCCGGAUGAAGGGCUGCUCAUGACCGCCUGCGGCUCUCCGCAGUACGUAUCGCCAGAGGUGCUUCUCGGCAAAGGCUACGACGCUGCCGUCGAUAUCUGGUCGAGCGGUGUGAUCGCCUACGCCCUUCUCGGUGGUUACACCCCGUUCUAUGGCGAAGAUCAGCCAACGCUCUUCAAGCAGAUUAUCAAGAUGGAGGUGCAGUUCGAGCCCGAGUACUGGUCCGAAGUAUCCGACACGGCCAAGGACUUUAUCCUGCACUGUCUCUGUCCAGCCGACAAGCGCAUGACCGCUCGUCAGGCACUCGCUCACCCUUGGCUCGCCAACUUGCCUCCGCUGCACGAAGAGAGCGCAAGAGGAGCCUGCCUCAAAGAUCGCACCCUUCGCAACCUCACCGCCAUGCGCAAGCUCCGCAAGGCCGUCACCGCUGUCGAAGCCGUCAACCAUCUUCAGCGUCUCCACGCGCUUCGCCAACAGAAUGGCGACGCCUUGCCUCAGAAACAACAAUCCUUGCUCAGCAUCGCAAGCUACAUCCAGUCGUACAAGCGUGGCGACUCUCUUCUCCCGGAUCCGGUCGAUGGCGAGCUCAGCGCAUCGGCGCCCCCAGAGCUGCCCGCCCAUGUGCCUGUAUCUUCCGAGCCUGCAGAGAUGGACACCGACGACGCUCACACAAGCAAGACACAAACAAAGGAGCGACGAGACUCAGCAAUGGCGCUCGAUCUGACCGUCAUGAUGGCCCUCAUGCCCGAAGGCUGGGGACAUGCUGCAUCGUCAUCGUCGUCCUCCCCCUCGAAUUCCGCAUCGCGCGGAGGAGGUGGAACUGCGGCGGUAGCAGAAGCCGCUCAGUCCACACUGAAUCGCGGUCGCGAUCCGACGGCGUCGCCUCAGCAUGCGGACGCCAGCAUGGACGACAAAGAUGGUGUAGCUGAUGGUGAGGCUAGCCCAUCCGCUUCAUCCUCCACCGAUCAGUCUGAGGCCACCGUACGGCCCUCAGCCCCACCACCUGCUGCCUCUGCCAAUCAGCCCCGUCGCCCCAGUCGCUCUGUGAACAAGAAGGACAACGAAUCGACGAAGACUCUCAACUCGCUGCUCGAUCAGUACAAAAAGACCGAUGUGCCUGCCUCGGCGCGUCUCAACCCAACCGCCGCAAGGACUCAGCCCACCAAACUUACCUUCACCAAUGCAUGGCGCUAUCUGCCCUUCCUCGUCUCGCAAGGAGUCACUAUCGGCACCGCCGUUGCAUCUCACGCCAUCUACGGUCCACCCAAAAAGUCGUGGGGAAUUGAGACCUCGAUAUUCACCAGAGUGUUGCGCGACAUUGCCGAAUACUCGGAAUUCGCCUCGAUCGAGGGAUUGCAGAGCUUCUUUGACCUCGGUGCCUUCCUUCCGACGCCAAAGGAUGGUCUCAUCACCCCAGUCACCUUCCGCGUCAAGAAGCGCGGUCUGCGUGGCUUCCUAGCUGAAGCCGACGCAGCUGAGGACGGCAAACGAGAGAUCAGCGCAGAGUGGGUCGUCGGCAAGCAGACCUGGCGUCGGCUACAGUCCGAGUGGCGUAGCGGCAAGCAAAAGGGCAAGGAGCGUGUCAUCCUCUACAUUCACGGAGGCGCCUACUUUGUCAUGUCGGCCGCCACGCAUCGACCCCUUACCAUUUCGUUGUCGAAGUACACCGAGUGCCGUGUCUUUGGUAUCAACUACCGUCUUGCCCCCGACACCAAGUUCCCGGGUGCGCUGCAUGACUGCGUUGCUUCCUACUUCCGACUCACCGACGAUCUUGGCAUUCCACCCAGCAACAUCGUGCUCGGGGCUGACAGCGCCGGUGGCGGGCUGGCAAUCGCGCUCAUGUACUAUCUCCGCGACAACGACUACGAGCUGCCAAGCGGCGCCAUGCUCUUCAGCCCCUGGGUUGAUCUCACCAUGUCGUGCGACUCGUGGGACACUAACGCCGAAUUCGACUAUCUGCCCAUGCCGAAAUCUGGCGACCACAUGAACCCGGUCUGGGCAUAUCUCGGAGAGAACAUCGACAAGUACCUCACCCACCCGUACGUUUCUCCGCUCUUCGGCGACAUGCACGGUCUGCCACCGCUGCUCAUUCAGUGCGGAGAUGCCGAGGUACUGCGGGAUGAGGUGACGUUACUCGCUCACAAGGCUUCGCUCUCGGGCGUUGCCGUCCGCCACGAGCUCUACGAGGACUGCGUCCACGUCUUCCAGGCAUUCCUGUUCCUCGACGCAAGCCGCAAAGCGCUGCAGAGUGCAAGGCACUUUGUACGUACCGCACUCGACAAGAGAGGCAAGUCUCGCCGCUCGUCAUCGGCCAAGGCGGGUGAGUCGGCUGUCAACAAGGAGAUGGCCAGCGGAGCCAUGCAGACGGCACAGGGGAACAAGGUCGAUUCAGCGACUGGCGAGAGGAAGGAAGCGCCCAGCGGGGGAUCUGCAGAUGAAUCAGCCGCACCAGCGCAAGAGGCCGCACCGUCGAAAGGCAAGCAGAGUACCGGCGGAUUGACGCCCAGCGCUUCGUCCAGCGCGGUCGACGGAGGCAUCAAUGAGAUGGUAUCGUUGCCCCACUCGCGAUCCGACGGAGACGUUGACGACGACGAAAGCGAUGCAGAAGCAGGCACACUGCCUGCCGACGAAGAGGAUUGGGAGCUUGACAGACGAUCGUCGGGCGAGGAAGGCAGAAACGUGGCGAAGGCGGCCGGGCUGCCUGCCAAGAUUGCUCAGAAAGCGCUAGGCACCGACGACAAGGCGGUCACGGAAGAAACCAGCCAGGGCGCAAAGCAAGAGAAGCAAAAGGAGAAGCAGCAGGAAGAAUCCCAACCGGCAGCUUCUUCUUCGUUGUUCCCGCAAAUGACAAUCGAAGAGGCGCGUCUGCGCGGACAGGCUGGCAUGCAGCAACAACUUUCAUCGGACGCCCCGGCUUUGAGCAAGUUCCAUGCUCCUGCCAAGCCACUCACGCCCAAGAUGCGACGUUCGAGCAGCGGUAAAGAGCUCACAACCCUGCUCAAGUCGUUCGAAGAGAGCAAGAAGAGCGGAGGCUCCGGUCUCCAGACGAACGUCUGGACACCUUCCAAUUCUUGA